AUGAACUCCACUCAGAUCACAUUUUUCUCUUUCUCUGCAUACUUUGACACCGGACGUCUGAAGUAUCUGUACUUCCUGGUUGUGAUGUUUAUAUACAGUUUUAUCAUGUUCUCCAACCUGCUGCUGAUCGUGGUGAUCUGUGUGAACAGAACCCUUCAUGAACCCAUGUACCUGUUCCUGGUCAGCCUGUUUGUCAACGAGCUGUGCGGCAGCAGCGGCCUGUUUCCGCUCAUCCUGGUCCAGAUCCUGUCGGACUCUCACACCGUGUCCGUCCCGCUCUGCUUCCUGCAGAUCUUCAGCCUCCACUUCUAUGGCAGCGUGGAGCUCUUCACUCUGGGAGCCAUGUCCUAUGACAGAUACGUGGCCAUCUGCUGCCCCCUGCAGUACAACGUGCUCAUGAGCCUCAGAAAGGUGUGGGCCAUGACGGCCUCGGUGUGGCUGUACAGCGUGCUGGCCACGUUGGCCAUGUUGUCUCUCAGCGGCCCUCUGCAGCUCUGUGGGAACAUCAUCCACAAAGUGUACUGCGACAACUUCUCCGUGGUCAAGCUGUCGUGCUACGACACCACCAUCAACAACAUCUACGGCCUCCUCUACAUUUUCACCGUCAUCGCCGGCCUCUUCCUCAUGAUCCUCUACUCCUACGUGAGGAUCCUCAGGGUGUGUUUGUCUGGGUCCCAUCGGACCCGGCAGAAGGCUCUCAGCACGUGCACGCCUCACCUGUCCUCCAUGAUCAACUUCUGCUUCGGGGCGUUCUUCGAGAUCGUGCAGGGCCGGUUCAACAUGACCCACCUCCCCAACAUGGUUCGGAUCUUCCUGUCCCUGUACUGGCUCACCUGCCAGCCGCUGCUCAACCCGCUGCUGUACGGACUCAACCUGUCCAAGAUACGCAUCAUAUGUAAGAACCUGAGCACCGGCAGGCAGAAGGCGUGUGUGUGA